CAGGGUUUCACCAUGUUGACCAGGAUGGUCAAGAUCUCUUGACCUUGUGAUCCACCGGUCUUGGCCUCCCAAAGUGCUGGGAUUACAGGCGUGAGCCACCGCACCCGGCCUGGUCGGACACUUCUUAAGUGGCAGAGCCAUGUUGGCAACAGUCAUCUGGCCAAGCACACCUCAGAGUGGCGGGUAUGAUCUCAACCUCUUCACCAGCCCUCCUGACUCCAACUUCCUGUGCACCGUCUGCCAUGGGGUUCUCAAGAGGCCAGCGAGGUUGCCAUGCAGCCACAUCUUCUGCAAAAAGUGCAUCCUCCAGUGGCUAACCAGACAAAAGACCUGUCCGUGCUGCAGGAAACCGGUGAAAAGGAGAAAGAUCAUCCACGAGAAUAAACUCCGGAAAACCAUUAGCCGCCUGGAAGUCAAGUGCAAGAACGCCGAUGCCGGCUGCAUGGUGACAUGCCCCCUGGCCCAUCGAAAAGGGCACCAGGAUUCGUGCCCCUUCGAGCCAAUGGCCUGCCCUAACGAAGGCUGCACCUCAAGGGUCCCGCGUGGGGCCCUGGCUGAGCACCGGAAGCAUUGCCAGCAAAGGGCCCAGCAGCGCUGCUCCCUGGGCUGUGGGGCCACCCUGGACCCAACCAAGCAUGUUCACCACAACUGCUACCGCGAGUUGCACAACGCCUGGAGCGCGCGCCAGGAGCGCAGUCGGACCCUGCUGCUGUGCCUGCUGAGGCGUGUGCGCCGGCUGCACCGGGCCACCAGCAUUGUCCGCCGAGAGCUGGCGGAGCUGGGCAACUUCCUGGAGGAAGACACCGCUCUACUGGAGGGCACCCCACGGGAGGAGGCCGAGGCCGAGGCUGUCCCAGAAGGCAGCUUCUGGGCUGAGGGGGGGGUGCUCAGGGCCAAGGUACCUUGUAAAUAA